AUGGCAAGAAAUGAGAAUAAAAUCCUCAUUAUGGGAGGAACAGGCUACAUUGGCAGCUAUAUGGUGAAGGCCAGCAUCAAAUUAGGCCAUCCCACUUAUGUUUAUUCAAGGCCAAAUUCUUCCAAGACAGAAUUGCUUAAUGAGUUUGAGUCGAUGGGUGCCGUUAUUGUCAAAGGAGAGUUAGAGGAUCAUGACAAGUUAGUUUCAGUGCUUAAAGAAGUUGAUGUGGUGAUCUCUGCAGUGGCUUUUCCUCAAGUUCUUGAUCAACUCAAAAUCAUAGAGGCCAUCAAGGUUGCUGGUGGCAUAAAGAGAUUUCUUCCAUCGGAUUUUGGCUGCGAAGAGGAUAGAAUCAGUGUGCUGCCCCCAUUCCAAGCACUUCUUGACAAGAAGAAGAAAAUCAGAAGGGCCAUAGAAGAAGCAAAAAUCCCAUACACUUUUGUGUCUGCAAAUUGCUUUGGUGCAUAUUUCAUAAAUUAUUUGCUCGGUCCACAUGAGCAAAAGGAGGAGAUAACUGUAUAUGGCAGUGGUCAGGCCAAAGCUGUGCUGAAUUUCGAAGAAGAUAUUGGAAUUUAUACUAUAAAAGUGGCAACUGAUCCAAGAGCAUGCAAUCGGGUCGUUUUAUAUCGGCCUUCAACCAACAUUAUAUCACAGCUGGAGUUGAUCUCUUUAUGGGAGAAGAAAACGGGUCGGACUUUUAAGAAGAUUCAUGUUCCAGAGGAAGAAAUUGUCUUUCUUUCAAAGACUUUACCAGAUCCAAGCAAUAUACCAGUCUCCAUCCUUCACAGUCUCUUUAUAAAGGGAGUUACAAUGAACUUCGUUCUUGGAGAGAAUGACAUUGAAGCUUCAGAUUUGUAUUCGGACCUCAAGUUCACUACAGUCGAUCAACUCCUCGACAUUUUCCUGCACAAUCCACCAAAGCCUGCUUCUGCUGCUUUUGAAUGA